CACCAAUCAGGACAGGACGGUUAUAGGAAGUAUCUGCACAUGACUUGCUGGUUUCUGUUUUUUUAUAUGAACUGUAUGGAUUAAUUCAGUUCCAUUCGCCUUAUAUCGCUUAUUGACUGCUGUAAAUGAGUUGCUUCGUGAUUUAAAUUGCAUGACUUCAGCUAACGGGAAUCUGUCGAAAACAUAGAAUUACUUUGUUUUUCACGAGAAGUAACUGAAAUAUUGCGCCACAAUGGCAAACAUUUGUCCAGUUAAAAAAGUUGCAGAUUUAGUUUCUGAAGCUCGUCGUGUGUACCGGGAAACAUUUGACGGAGAUGAUGCAAAUGUUGCAGUUUGCGCCCCAGGACGUGUGAAUUUAAUCGGAGAACACACCGAUUAUAAUGAAGGAUUUGUCCUCCCAAUGGCCUUGCCGAUGGUGACUGUUAUGGUGGGCAGCAAAACUUCUGGCCAGAAGUGCUCUGUUUUAACUCUGACUGAAGCUGCUGAUGAGCCCAGGAUGGUGGACUUUGAUCUCCCAAAUGAACUGACCCCACUUUUAAGAGGGCAGCCAAACUGGGCCAAUUAUGUAAAAGGAGUUGUACAGCACUACAGAGCACGGCCCAUCCCUGGCUUUAGAGCUGUAAUAGCCAGUAGUGUGCCACUAGGAGGCGGACUCUCCAGCUCAGCCUCACUUGAAGUGGCUGUGUACACCUUCCUGCAGCAGCUGUGUCCAGAUGAUGGGAAUCAGGUAGCAAAGGCAGUGGCCUGUCAGCAGGCUGAACACACUCAUGCUGCUGUGCCCUGCGGCAUCAUGGACCAGUUUGUGUCUGUUUUGGGUAAAGAGGGCCAUGCAUUACUCAUUGACUGCAGAUCUUUGGAAGCCACUGCUGUCCCUUUAGCUGACCCUGGACUUGUAAUCCUGAUCACUAACUCCAACGUUAGACAUACGCUCACAGGCAGCGAGUAUCCCACCAGACGAAAACAAUGUGAGGACGCAGCAGCCAUUUUGGGCAAGAAAAGUCUGAGAGAGGCUACUUUGAAAGAUUUGGAGGCUGCCAAGGAUCAACUGGACAGUGUGACAUACCAACGGGCACGUCAUGUGAUUGAGGAGAUCGAACGCACAGCGCAAGCUGCUGAGGCACUCAAGAGAGGCGAUUACAAAGAGUUUGGGAGGCUGAUGGUGGAGAGCCACAAUUCUCUUAGGGAUAAUUACGAGGUCAGUUGUCCAGAAUUGGACGAGCUGGUGUCGGCAGCACUGGAGGUGGAUGGGGUGUUCGGGAGUCGGAUGACAGGGGGAGGGUUCGGUGGAUGCACAGUUACUUUGCUUCAGGCUCAUGCCACGGAGAAAGCAGUGAAACACAUUCAGGAGAAAUAUCAUGGAUCUCCAACUUUCUUCAUUACUACCCCAUCAGAAGGAGCUCGUGCGCUCAGUCUGUGAUUUUUUUUUUUUUUUUUUUUUUUAAGUUCUCGAUUUUCACUGUUACUUACUUUUUUAUCAUUAAUCAUCUUAUACUAAUCAGCGUCAAUUCUCUCCAAUCAAUGCCACAAAUGUUGUGAGUAUUAUUAGUACAUACAUUUGUCUAAAAUCUGUGUAUUUUCAGGAGAAAUAUCAUGGCUCUCCAACUUUCUUCAUAACUAAACCAUCAGAAGGAGCUCAUGCUCUCAGUCUAUGAUUUUUAACCAGUGACUUGUUCUUGAUUUUUCACUGUAAUUUACAUUUUUAUCACUAAUCAUCUUAUACUAAUCCAGUGUUGAGGGUAGCGCAUUACAAGUAACUUGAGUUACAUAUUCAGAUUACUUUUUCAAGUAACUAGUACAGUAACACAUUACAUUUUCAAAUUACAACAAAAUAUCAAAGUUACUUUUUCACAUUUAUUGACUGACAGCUUUCCUGUGCUCAUGUUGAGAGAAAUAAAGUGCAGAGGUGUUGUGUGCGCUGUGUGUUACACAGGUAUACUUUAUUAACCAAUGUCUUUGGUUCUGACCUUUUAAUGAUCUAAUUCAACCAUACUAUUAAGCAGAAAUUACUUUAGAUUUAGAAAUAAGAGUGUUGAACUUCCUUCUCCUGUAUCCUAUUCUUCUUUAAUCCAGAAUGGCAGCACAGCUGAAAGGUUUGUUUGAGCUGCGCCCUCUACUGUACAGGUGUUAAUAUGCAUUUCCUUCAGCCUGAGGCUUAUUCAUUUCACUUUUGGUGUAAAAGGGCCUUAACAUUUGCCAAAAAAAACAAACAAGCAAGCCCAGCCCAGGUGAGAAAAAGUAAUGCAAAAGUAAUGUAACGCAUUACUUUUCAUAAAAAGUAACUAAGUAACACAAUUAGUUACUUUUUUAGGGAGUAAUGCAAUAUUGUAAUGUACUUUUAAAAGUAACUUUCCUCAACAAUGUACUAAUCAGAAUCCGUUCUCUCCAAUCAAUGCCACAAAUGUUGUGAAUAUUAGUACAUACAUUUGUCUAACAUCUGUGUAUUCUUUACAGUCUUGCAUUCAGAAACCCAAUUCCCACAAUGAUUAAUGUUUAAAAUAAAGAGGAUUUUUUGUAAUAAAGCACUUAUGUAAUAAAA